UGGGAGCAGUAGGGGUAGGCCCAAAUCGAGGCGAUCCUUUCGCAGGGGCUCCCCCGCCCCUCCUGGCUCGUCCCGCGCUCCUCUGCGCAGAGCUGUCUCGAUUGUGUCAUUCUCUUCGCACGUGCUUUUCAGCUACUGAUGUCAGUCAAAGGGUCAUGGUGUGCGCACGCGCGCAGCCCCUCGGCUGACAAACAAACGUCCUGCGCUCCUGCGGCGGCAGGGCCAUGCGGUGGCUCGGUGUUCUGGGCACGGACGUGGACCACGAGCACGAUCAUUUCCAGGCCGCACCCAUCGACCGCCGGCUCGCCACCAACUUUUGGGCCCCGGCGACAGGCGGGGACUACUGCUUAGGCGCGCUUCCAAGAGCUGGGCGCGGCGCUGGCGGCUCCACGUUCCUCUGGGGCGGAGCGGGGCCGCACCCAGCCCCAGGCAUAGAUCUCGGAGGUCUCCGAAAAAAGAAUUUCGGCGCGACGGCGUUCCAGACUGACGACAAGGCCGUCCUGUGGAGCCGCUCGGGGCCCGGCGCCAGGCACAAGGA